AGCGCCCGCGCGAACGGAACGUUAACACCAUAAUAUCUUCGGACUUAACUUUAUAUAAAGCGAUAUAUUUAAUAUCGAAUUUUUUUGUGAAUGUGAAAGUAAAUUUAUAAAAGUGAUAAUUUUUAAAUAAAUUAGGACCACUUUAUAACAACCUACUGUCCAAGUUUUGCGGUGAUUCAGUUUGGAAUUAUUGUGCAAAACAUGUGUACAAAAUGUGACCCACGUGCCAGUGUUUUUUUUGUCUCAAAUAAAGUAUUUGACUUCCUUCCAAUUGCCAACACAUGACUCACAACAAACAUGAAAAUAAACAAGCCAUAAACCGAACUAUUUUGAGUGCAAUGAGAGCAAAUCAAAGGACAAAAUGGCGCGCGCGACCGUAUUCACUCAUAAUUUGUUUAUUUGUAUUGCCGUCUCGCUCUUACUGCCGAUGACGGAUGAGGCGAAGGUGUACGAUGAUCCCCGAAACUUCCCGAAGGAGGAGAAGCGUUUGACGAGGGAGUACCACCUUCGACAGGGUGCUAUAAGGGGGUUGAUAGUUAAGCCAGGUCGGAACUAUGACCUGCAGCCAGUAGAGAUGUAUCUUGGGGUGCCGUAUGCUGCACCGCCAGUUGGUAAUCUACGGUUCAUGCCUCCAGUCAGCGCGCCACCGUGGUCUGGCGUCAAGAUGGCGACGAAAUUCGCUCCAGUCUGCCCCCAGAGUCUGCCCACGAUCAAGAAGGGCAAUCCACCAUCGUUGGGCAGGCAACACUACCUGACCCGCAUCAAACCAUUCCUCACACACGAAUCAGAAGACUGUCUAUAUUUAAAUGUUUAUGUUCCUUAUAGAGAACAAAAAUCCAAGAAAUUUCCGGUCUUGGUGUUCAUUCAUGGAGACUCUUUUGAGUGGAGCUCUGGCAACCCGUACGACGGCAGAAUACUGGCCUCCUACGGCAACGUGAUGGUUAUCACAGUCAACUUUCGUCUUGGUAUUCUUGGCUUCAUGAAGCCCAGUCUCACUGAGCAUGUGUACGGCAACAACGGCUUGCUGGACCAGCUGGCGGCGUUACAGUGGAUCAAGGACAACAUUGAGGAUUUGAACGGGGAUCCACACUCCGUGACCAUCAUGGGCCAGGGAACUGGCGCGGCCUGUGUCAACUACUUGAUGCUAUCGCCGAUAUCUAAUGGUCUAUUCCACCGCGCGAUCCUCAUGUCGGGUUCCGCGUUGUCAGACUGGGCGAUGACGCGCGAUCCCGCGCAGUACACGCUGCAGGUAGCACAGAGUCUCGGCUGCAGCCCCACAUCAAAGAACAUGAUGACUUGCUUGCAGAACCGACAGCUAUCAGAGAUCAAAAAGGUACAGAUACUAGCGCGAGAGUUUGAGACACCGCUGGGUCCGGCCGUCGCUGGCUCUUUCAUACCCAGCGAGCCAGCACGCACCAUGGAGUCCUACCCAAACCUACUAAGCAAAUAUCAACUGUUAAGCGGUGUGACAGAGUUGGAGAGUUAUCACGAUUUCGGUGUAAUAGAGCUCGACCACGGCAUCUUGGAGAAUCAGAGAGACGAAUUCAUAAGAAAGUAUACCAAAAUAGUCCUACAAGGUGCUGAAAAUGAAGCUCUGAAAGAGAUAUUGAAACAAUAUGCUCCAACCAAGCUCGACCCGCAGCGCUGGACGGUGGAAGCCAACCGGGAAGUCGUGCUCAACCUACUGAGCGAUGCGCGCACCCUCGCGCCCGUGGUGCGCACCGCCAACUAUCACGCCAGCGCCAACCGACAGGAUUACUUCUAUGUCUUCGCCCAUAACAGCGUCAGCACGGACUACGCUUCGCUAAACAAGAGCGUGCAUGGUGAGGAGAUGCCGUAUGUGCUGGGUAUUCCACUAGGCGGCGCCAAUACACAUCUCCACUCCGAGUAUACGAAGGAGGAGAAACUGUUGAGCGAAGUGGUUAUGAGGCUGUGGACGAAUUUUGUGAAGAAUGGGUCUCCGAACACUCAAAGUGUGAGCGAGUACUACACACUCGACCGGAAAACUUGGUCGGCGUACAACGUCGAGUGGCCGGAGUACAACGUGCAACACCAACCGUAUCUGAGGAUCGACAUACCACCAUCCAUCAACAGCCUAUACCGGUCAAACUACACCAACUUCUGGAUAGACGCACUGCCCAGCAAGGUGAAGUUCCUCAUAGACCCGCUCUUUGAAUUCACACCACCCACCACCGCCAAACCGAAACCGACGCAUAGGACUACUGCUGAUCCAGUUAGGAAGAUCUGGUCUCAGCCCGUGUUCAACUCUCCUCAUUAUAGUUCAGCUACAUCGUACGGCUCUUCCUCGUCGUAUGGAUCACCGUCCUACGGGUCAGUUCAAUCGUACGGGAAACUCAGGCCGUACUCGCCCCCGGAACGCCGAGCUGAGCCGGACGUGUACAGAGAGAUACAAGCAAUAAAAACACCGGCCCGACCGAUACCAUCCGGAUUAAUUGAGAAAGUCUCGCCCACCACUCCAAAGCCAACAGUCAACAUGCCCGUUAAAACUUCCAGUGCGACGGUCACUCUAAUCGUAUCCCUGGCAGUUUUAUUUGUAGCUGCAAAUAUUAGCAUCUGCGCCGUGCUAUACUACAAAAAACGAAAGUCUCGAAAGCGGGACAGGCCUUUUGAUACUCGUCAAUCGCGAGCUGAAAUCGGCGAGGUGGAUUUGAUUGGCCAAAAAAGUUCAAAGGAUGAUAAAAGCGCACUCAAAACGCUAAAAAAUGGAUGCAGCGUUAUCAAAUCUAUGAGUAUGAACAAAGUACAUCAAAAUAGUAAGAAAAUAAAGAAAAAAGAAGUUUGCAAAACCCCGAAAUCAGAUGAUUCUGGAGGUUUUCGAGAAAGGUUUCAGUUGCGGCGACAUUUAUCUACGAGUACGUUGGACGCCCAAACUAAAGUUAGGGAUUGGAUUGCUAAUGGAGUAUUGCAUAGAUGCUCGCCAAAUAUAUUGAGAAAAUCUAACUCUGAUGUUAAUGAAAAAUCUAUUAAACCGUUUACAAGAUCAGAAGAAUUAUUAUCUGACACAAAAAAAGUUCAAAACACUAGUACCAAAACAACAGAUAGUCUUCGGCCAACUCUUCAAAAAAGUAAAACGUCGGAAAAAACAACAUCUACAUCUGCACUCGAUUCUCAUUCUUCACUGUCUAGUAAUAAACAAUCAUUAGAUAGACGCACAGGAAAAUCAAAUGAUUCGCUAAAAAGUAAAGGCACUGAUAGCAUAAAAUCUAAGAAAGUAUCUGUAGCAGUAGACGCUACACCAGCAGCUCGUACUACUUCUAUUCUUAGUCAAGAACCAAUAGAGUUAACGAAAUCUUUUGAUGCAAUUGAUGAUAAACAUUCCAAAAGUGAAAUAAAAUCAGAGACUGAUACUCGUAUUGAACCAAAAAGCAGUGAUCCAUUAGUUUUAAAUAAAGACAACGAAGAAAAUAAGGUCUACUCUAAUGAAAUAAUAUUAGCUCUGGAAACAAAGAAACCUUUAAGAGUUUCUCAUAAACAUUCAACUUCCGACCCAGUUACGGAUAUAAACUAUGAGCAGCUUAUGAAAGAAAAAAUGGAAGACAUUAUAAAUAUACUUCCACCAGUUACAUUCAGAAACGACAUAAACGUCACAUCAAGAGAUGAAAACGCAAAAAUUCCUACUCAAUCCCCAGAAGAUGCGUUAAUGACAAUAAAAAGGAGGAAUUUCCCAAAAGUAUUACCCGACCUUCCUAAAGCUCAAAAGAGACUUUCUUUGCAACCAAAUUCAUUCCAAACUUUCCGUAGCUUCAGCAGCAGUACUGAAAGUCAAACAGAUCGACCGAGAGUUCCGCCUCAGCCUCCUCCGCGUACAACUACAUUGGAGCGGCGACUUGCUUAUAAAAAUACUAAGCCUUUAUCUUCAUUCGAAGCUAAUAGGAAUCAGAACUAUGAAAACAUAGAUGAAGUAUCACCUUAUACGCAUAAACCGUACCACAAAUCAACUGAGUUAAGUUCAGAUUCAAGUGACAGUCAUCAAAACAAAAUUUAUCAUUCCCAUAGUAGAGAAUUUCCGAAAGUAAUUAUAGCGUCUAGUGAUAAACCAUCAUCGAAUGAAUCGAAAAUUAUUAUUACACCCUCAGUAAGUCACAUUGAACUGCCUUCAAAUAUACCUAGAGUCAAACUGCCAGACGAUUUCCAUUCACACGCCUCCGGUUCUAUCACUUCAUUUUCAACAUAUGAAAUGUCAAACGAUGAAGAUGAAGAUGACGAUGACGAAGAUUUCUUCGAUGAUCUAGCAGAAGAUCAACUUAUAAAAGAAUUAGUUGGAGGUGCUCAAUCUCCCACGGGUGAGGAUGUCUUAGAUUCUAAAGGACCGGAAACGAUAUUUGAAAAGAAAGUUGAAAUAGUGCCAGUGAAAAUAAACACAACUCAACCUAAAAAUACUAAUGACUACGUAUGUGUAACAAACUUGCUUCUACCAGACCUGACAAAUUUAGAACAAACUGCUAAAAUAAAACCAAACUUCAGUUUGAACAAAUUAAAGGAUCGAAGUGAAAGCAUCCACCGACCACCAGAAAAAGCGGUGAAAGUGAAACAGAGAAGGUCAAUCAAACCUGCAAUUUUAAACAAGAGCCUUAGAAGUAAAAGUAAAGAUGAUAGUAAAUUGGAGCAUUCAAACUCUGGAUCUUCUAAUGAUACUGAAUCUAGUACAGGUACCGUACGCAGAGUAGAUCUACAAAAGUAGAGUAGAAUUUCAGAAGUUAGGACCUACAGAACUAUGGUUAGACCUAGAUACGUACAACAGAACUUUAGUUGAACAAACAAGAUAUAAACUUUUCAAGUGCUUCGCUCAUAGAUAACAAGUUUACGUCAGACUAACUUGUUACCGUAAGUUUUACUGUAUUAACAAAUUUCAAGAUCAAUGACAAAUAAUUUUUGCUUAGUGAUACCUGUAAUCAUUGGUAUUUUUAUUCCAUAGAAUAAUAAUUGUAAAUAUAGAGUGCAUUUUGUUAUUUAAGUACAAUAAUGAUUUUAAUCGAUUAGCACUGAAAGCAUUUAGCCAAAUAAAAUAUUUACUUUGAUA